AUGAUCGAGAUACGUCGGCUCGCGCAGGUCCAGCGAGUAGUCCUCUGGCGGUACAUGGACACUGGUGGUCAAGCACUGGUAGAGCAUUUCUUGGCCUCUGUCGUACCUCCAAUACUGUCGUCCGUCGAGGUCGGUCCACGAUGGACUUCCACGAAGAUGUUGCUGGCUUCCCUCGCAGAGUCCUCAUCUAUGGUACGGCAUGCUAUGAUGGCAUUCUCAGCGCUCGAGUACAGUGGUGGCGAAAACAGUGUGAGAACGGACCGCCGGGCACUGUACGACAAGGCAUACAAUGUCCUCGUCACUAAUGCCACCAAAGACUCGACUGGGACUGCUGGUAACUUAGUGUAUGGGUUAGCAACAGCCUUCUUCCUUGCGUACGCUGACCUGAUCACGAACAAAGUCCGAGAUGCACAGUCGGUGCUGCGAGAUGCUGCUACUCUUCUUGCAAGUCAUCGAGGCAAGCAAUUGAGCACAGCUGAGAAGCGACUGAUAGCUUGGAUUCGUCUCAUCGACUCUCGCGCGGCAUCGGCAGGUACAGAUGGUGCAUUUGUUGCAGAAACGGACAGAAACGAGUACACUCCGACUACAGCCCGACACGGAACGCCAAAUGAAGGAGAUACCAGAGAAUCUGCGGGUCGUGGUGAUGAUGCAAUAGAAGACAUUCUCUUCGACAUCUUGUAUGCGCCAGGAAUAGCAUUCUAUCAGAGAGUACAGAGCAUCAUGGCACGAGUCAGUAACAUCGAUCCGUGGCAUCGUACUCGCGGCACUGUCGCAGACGAGACAGAAGUCAUGGCUGUCGCUGCUAAGAUCUCUGAAGAUCUGCGGACGCUCGAAGCACAACGUCCAGCACUGAUGGAUCAUGCUGUAGCUGGUGCUUUGACCGAACGUCACAUUGCUCAGGAUAUCGCGGUUGCCAUUACUAGGAGCUACAGGGUGUACUGGGCCAAUUAUCAUGCUGGUCAUAUACAUCUUCAUCGUGUUGCCUACAAGCAUCUACCAGCUACACCUGACGUUAUGGAAGCACGAACCACGAUCAAGCGCAUCACCAAUCUGCUUCAGCAAGCUGGGGAUCAGCUGCCGGUGAACUUUAUCUGGCCUUUAUUAAUGGCGUGCUGCGAGGAAGAUGGUCUCGAGGAGCGCCAGUGGAUGAUACAAGCCAUACGCAACAUGCAGAGCCAAGCAUCAAAUGCUAAACCAAUAGCAGAUGUGCUAGAGGAGGUGCAUCGGCGUCAAGACACGACAAAGCUGAGAGCUGAUGUGCGACAAGUAUCGCUUGAUCUAUUUUCUAUGUCGUUUGCGGUCGUCUAG